AUGAGCAAUCAAAUGUAGUAAAAUUUAGAAACUAAAAAAUUUUGCUAACUGGAGUCUGACUUUUCAGAGAGCUCUUAAAUGCAAGAAGAAGGAUAUGAAAUGAGUGAUCUCAUAUAGAAAUUUGAGAAUAUUUCUAAAAAUAAUAUUAGCAAGAAUAUCAUCAAAGCUUUCUUUGCCUACUUGUUAGACACAAAAGAAAAUGAUCUUCUAACAGAUUUUGCAUAGAAAGGAAUGUAACCAAAUCAAGCUCGUAAAAUGGCUAAAAAUUAUGUAAAAUCAUACUCAUAUAAUAACAACUCUUUACAUAAGCUGAUUUAACACGAUAAGUAUGGAAAAGCUUUUGAGUUUUACUUGACAUUCGAAGCAGAGAAAUGGCUCUAAGAAAGUAAAGUCUUAUAAAAAGAAACUCAUUUAAUUUAUAUAGAUUUUUUGAAACUAUGCUGCUCUAAUCCUGAUUAUUCAAAUCACAUUGUAACAUAUAAAAAAAACAAAAAAAGCUAGUUCAGAGUCGAUGAAUGA